AUGUUACAGAAGGUUGACUCAGAAAUCAAGGAGAAAACUUCGAAGCUUGAACAACUAUUGACUGAAGAACGGAUUGCUCGGCUGAAGUCUGAAGAGAAUGCUAGAAUUGCUCAAAAGAAAUCAGAUGAGGAGAUUCAGAAGGUUGAAUCAACGUUCAAGGAGACAACUUUGAAGCUUGAGCAACUAUAUGAAAAAAAUGUUGACAGAACUGCUCCUCGCAUGCUCAUCAAUGGUUACAUGAAUGCUUUGUCCAUUGCUGUUGCAACUAAUUACUCUUCUGGUGGUGGUGCUCCGGUGGAAGAGAUGAAGGAAGUGCCAAAAGUGGAGUCCGAUGAUGACAUGGGCUUUGGUCUGUUCGAUUAG